AUGGACCGUAAAACAGACCGGAACUGGACGCAUCGCAUGGGGAGCGCCCAGAAUCCCGCUCUUGGCGCUCCGCCGCCAUUUGGGCCAAUCACAGGCCUCUUUUGCCACCCGCGGCCAAGACUCCAGCCCAGUCGAGUGCGUCACGGCGCGCCUCGGCGGUUGGCACGACCACGCCAAGUUGGAUCGUUCCAGGCCGAUUUCUGGUUAGACGAGCGAUUGGUCAAUGACCGCCCCCGGUUCCCCAGAUAUCACGUCGGUACGAUACCGUGGAUUCGGCUCUACCAUGCCGUAGACCCGACGAGCGCAGCGGCUUUCGCCAUCGAGGCUCACGCGCAGAUUAUUUAA